AUCAUAUGAUUGGGAGAGGAAAGAAUUUGUUUUUCUAGUGGAAUUGUUUUCUUUUUGAUGUGAACAAUUAAAUGUUAAUUGCGAGUGUUAAACGUUUAUAUUUACCUAUAAAAGAAUUUAGAAUCAAUGAGGUGAAACGAUUUAUCUCUGGAAAUGUCAUUUCAAAGUCAAAUGUUGGAAAAUUUGAUGAAAAUAUUACCAAGAUUCGGAACAUUGGUUUUAUCGCUCAUAUUGAUGCAGGUAAAACAACAACAACCGAACGGGUUUUAUAUUAUUCUGGCCUUAGUUCAUCCAUGGGUGAGGUUCAUCAAGGAGAUACGAUCACUGAUUACAUGGAACAGGAAAGAGAACGAGGUAUAACCAUUACAUCAGCAUCAACAACAUUCUCAUGGAAAGGAAACAAAAUCAAUCUACUUGACACUCCAGGUCAUGUUGAUUUUAUCAUCGAGGUUGAAAGAUGUUUAAAUGUUUUAGAUUCAGCAAUUGUGAUUCUUGACUCGUCUCAUGGUGUUGAAGCUCAAACAACAACCGUUUGGAAUCAAGCAAAUCGUUACAAUUUACCGAGAUUAAUUUAUGCCAAUAAAAUGGAUAAGCCAAAUUCAAAUAUGAAUCUAUGUUUAGAUUCACUGAUUAAGUUAGGUGCUAAUCCAUUACUUGUCCAUUUACCUGUUUAUGAGAGUAAACGAUUCUCAGGAUUAAUUGAUUUACCAACUUUAAAGUUAAUUGUUUGGAAAUCAUCUGGAUCUUAUGAUGAUGGAACUAAUUUUAUCGUUGAAUCAUUAACAAGUAAUCAUUCACAUUGGAAUCAAGCUUUACAGGCUCGAGAAAAAUUGAUUGGAAUUUUAUCUGAUUGUGAUGGUGACAAUGAUCAACUCAAUGAAUCUGUAAUCAACUCAAAUGAUUUAAGUGAAAUAUCAUCUUCAGUCCUAAUUAACUCAAUACGACGAUCGGUUAUCCGGAACAAAGUUAAUCCAGUUCUUGUGGGCAGUUCAUAUAAAAAGAUUGGUGUUCAACCUUUAUUAGAUUCAAUUGUAAAAUAUUUACCUUCACCAAUUGAGAAAUCAAAUCCUGCGUUGAAAUAUUAUCAAGACAAUUUCUGUGCCUCAGCUUUUAAAGUUAUUCAUCAUCAAUUGUUAGGACCACUCACCUUUAUCCGAAUCUAUUCUGGUGAUUUAACUUCACCGGCAAAGAUUUACAAUAUCAAUCGAAACAUCGUCGAGAAGAUAAACAAAAUUUACAUACCAUUUGCCGAUCAAUUUAAAGAAAUUACUUCAACCAGGUUUGGUGAUAUUGUCGCAGUUUCAGGUUUAAUUAAAACAAUUACCGGUGAUACCUUAACCAUCUCAGAGACUGUCGCUCAACAGGCUAGAAAAAGUUUUUCUCAAGCAAAUUCAUUGCCAAUCGACGAGUGUCAAUCUGUUCUUGUCGGAAUUAAAAUUCCCGAUCCAGUGUUUUUCUGUACCAUUGAAGCUCCCUCAUUGUCGAAGCAAAAAGAUUUGGACAAAGCUUUGAUCAAUCUAACUCGAGAAGAUCCUUCGCUAAUUGUUACCCAUGAUUCUAAUUCUGGUCAAACGAUUCUCAGUGGAAUGGGUGAACUUCACCUUGAGAUUAUUAAAGAUCGGAUCCUUCGGGAGUACAAAGUUAACGCUGAAUUGGGUCCACUACGAAUAUCAUAUCGGGAGACACCUUCAUCUUCAGUAGAAGAGUUUAGAUCGAUAAAUAAACCAUUUGGAGGAGUAAAUAAUUUUGUCACAAUUAGGAUCAGAAUCCAUCCAACGGAAAAAUUUGACUCAAAGUUAAAUUUAAAAGUUGUUGUUACUAAAGAAAAUGAUUUAGGUAAAUUACGUAACGAUCGACUUAAAGCCAUUGAAAAUGGCCUGGAAAUGGGCCUAUCCUUUGGGCCGUUAGCUAGUUUCCCAGUUGUCGGUGUCAAUGUUGACCUACUUGAAUUCCGUUGCUCUGGGCCAACUUUACACUCGUUCAUCAGUUCAACUGCAUCGGAGGUUAUUCUUCAAGCGCUAUCGAAAUCAUCAAUUUCUUUAUUAGAACCAAUCAUGCGUCUUGAAAUAACGGUACCUGAUGCCUAUUAUGGAAAAGUAAUAUCAGAUAUUACCAAUAGACGAGGUCAAUUACUCAACGAGAUCACAAGGACAUCUAAUUAUCGGACAGUUGAAAUGCUUGCACCUCUAUCAGAAUUAUAUUCAUAUUCAACUUGCCUGCGAUCAUUAACUUCCGGAACAGCGAUACUUUCAAUGCAAUUAGAUUCUUAUCAAAAGAUGAGUUCUAAUCAACAACAAAAGGUUAUUGAAAAGUUAAAAGAUUUUUAUUAAUCACAAUACAAUUAAUGUAAAUAUUAAUACACCACAAAACAAUAACUUCUAGUCUUUUAGAGGUAUAGAUUUUUAUAAAAUACAAUUUACACACAA